AAAAACCCUUUGUUUAACUUUGUGGUUUGAACUGGAUGGUCGAACCUACCGAAAGUCGGCUCGUACAUUUGGUAGAGGUGAGGAUUAUUUUAUAGCCUGCGUAGCUGGCGAUAUUUGGGGGCGGGCGAAAUAAAGUUUUUGGCGGCGGAGCCGCGAGGACAAUGGGGAGGAGGACCUUGAAAUAACUUCUCGCGGCUUUGUCGCCAAAACUUUAUUUCAGCCUACACCAAAACUUUAUUCCGCGCGCCUACAAUACCGCCAGCCACGCAGGCUAAUUAUUUUAUUCUAUUAUAGAUAAUCUGAAGGCAGAUUGUUUAAGUCUGAAAGAAUUUGAAGAGCGAAAUCCUGUGAAAUGAAAUGGGAUCACUUGCAAUUGGUGCUAGCCAAAGAAUUGCGCGCUGCGGGAGGAAAAUUUAACGGUGGCCCCCUGCCGUUGCGCUGACCGAUUACGAAUGCAUGCUCAAUAUACGAAGGUCUGCCCUGUAUUUACCAGCAAGGGAGACUGUUUGCUGAGGGAAUGCACAGGCUAUACGCAAUAUAAUGGCCACGAACGGAACCAGCGAAGAUAUCACACCGCUACAAAGAGAACUGCUUUUAGCGCUAGUUGAGAGUGGCAUUUCCAAAGACGCACUGCUUAGCGCCUGCUAUGAACUGUACGCUAUACAGGCGGAGGAGAGCUUAGAAAGUGCAGAUGGCGCAAGUGAGACAGAUCAACAAGGAGAUCGACCUAAAGAAGACUCCGGCAAUCAUCAGCAAAGUACAGCGGGCAGAAGCGACGCCAUCAAACUGGAAGAAGCGUCACGGAGAGUGAUGACACAAGACGCGCGCUUGGCUACUGGACGCUUGGAAGUGCAGCAAAUGAAUUUUGUUGAUCAAAUGUUACGAAUGGACCCAUGGCAAGCAGCCAAGCUGAUCAAAAUGUACAUGCAGCAACACAACAUUCCACAGCGAGAGGUUGUAGAAUGCACAGGGCUGAACCAGAGUCACCUCUCACAGCACCUGAACAAGGGCACACCCAUGAAAACCAAUAAAAGAGCCGCUCUCUAUACAUGGUUUGAGAACAAGAGGAAAGAAGUUAUCGAACAAUACAAUACUCCUGGGAAGCGACAAGUCACCGAGAUUGAAGGCCCUGAAGAUAGUCCAUCAAAGAAACCAAGAAGAAACAGAUUUAAAUGGGGACCAGCCUCCACUGGUAUCCUAUACCAGUCAUAUGAGGACCAGAAGAAUCCUUCAAAAGAAGAAAGGGAAUCUUUGGUUGAAGCUUGUAACAGGGCAGAGUGCACCCAGAGGGGUGUCCCUUAUGACAAUGUAGAGGGACUGGGUCCAAACCUAGUGACAGAGAGCCGCGUUUAUAACUGGUUUGCCAACAGACGCAAGGAAGAAACAUUCAGGUUAAAGCUGGCAAUUGAUGCUGCAAAUUACCCAGAAACCCCAGUUACUGCACAAGGUCAAGUGGCAGUGUCUCAACCACUAGCAUCUCCAAGUGUCAACACUGUAAUGUGUACAACUCCAAAUACAGUCAUACCACCAUUGACCCCUCACCCCACACCUACUACCUCGGGCACUGCCAUUCCUAAGGUGGCACCUCUACAGGCAUCACUCUCAAAUCCUUCUGGAAUAUCCAACCCUGCCGUAACAACAGAACAUAUGCAACAACUGCCGGUGGCUGCAAGCCAUAUUAGCCAUGCUCAGCAGAUGGUUCCUGGACAGCAUGUUGGGGUUCACAUGAGUCAACAACAGGGAAUGCCAUCCAUGGGAAACUUUGUCCCUGGAUUUCCUGCUCAACAAAUGCCACUGAAUUUAACUAUGAUGCAGCCUGCAACAGGAGUCCAAGCUCCUACGUGUCAAGUAGCAGUGCAGCCUCAAAUGAUGCCUGUUAGUAGCAUGGCUAAUCAUCAGCAUCCAAUGGUACCAGGAAUUGGCCAAAUGCCGGUUAUUGUGUCAGUACAGCCAGGAAUGGAUGGUUUACAGCAUGGACUGCCACAUCUUCCUGAAAAUAUUACACAAAUGACUGGAGGAACACCGCUAGUUCAAAUGCAUCCCAUUCCCUUGACAACACUUCCUCUGCCACCACCUCUACAGCCAAUCACAUGCAGUGAUAUGUCAUUACCUCCACCUCUUCAGCCUUUGUCUGUGAUGUCAACAAUGGUGCCUAUACCUGGACAGGUGCCAAUAAAUGUCAGUGCUCCACUACCCAGCAGUGGAAGCAAUCAAAUCACAGCACAGACUCAUCCACAGCCUCCAAUAUAUGAGGUGAAACUUGAAAAAACUGACUCUAGUACCAUUGCCAUUACAGCAUCUCCGGAUAAGACUAAGGCAGAGGCAAAAUGUGAUAGAGUCAAAGUGGAAAAUGGUGAUGAAGACACAAUCAUAGCAGAAAAUGUAACAAUAAUGACCGAAACUGAGGAGCAGAACAGUGAAAGUUCCAAACCAGCAAAGAGCAAUUAUGAAAAGGACAGAAAAUGCUCUGGUGCUGGAGACAUGACGGAACCAACUCCACCUGCAAGCACUGUCCUACAUCAGUGUGUCACUCACUCUAAUGGGAAGUGUUCGUGAAACUGUUUGAAUCAGCUUCCUCAGGUCAGGUGUGGUUGGAGAAGGUGGGGAGUAAAUAUGCAAACUGGGAAGUAAAUAUGCAAACUGUGCAAAGGUAACUUUUUAGCUUAGCCUUCAAGUUACUUUUUUCACCUUUUCAGAAAAUUUAUUUUCAGUCUGUUAAGCUCUUGACUUCUGAAUAAAGCUGAACGUCCCAGACUUUUAGCUGGGAACCUUUUGUUCUGUUACAAUAAUCUUUAAUGGACCUUUUCACUUUUUCCUCACAAUAUCAACAACGUUUUGUAUUUUUCACAUAAACAAAAAGACACAUCCAUGGGUCAAUUCACGAUAAAUCAUGUGGUGAGGCUUACUUUUAUGUGAAUGAAAAAAUCAGAAAGGCUUGACAUUGAUAAAAAGGUCUAUAACAGUGCAACUAUUUGAACUGAGCCACUAAGAAGAAAAGUAACCAACCAAAACUUACCCUGGGAACAAUGGACUAGUAGCUUUUUCGUCAAGGGAAGUAAAGGUUAGUUUGACAUGAAUUCAUAAAUACUUUAGACUCCUCUGUGUUAUAUUCACCCUACAGAUUCAGUCCUUGACAGCAAAUUAUCAUAAUAAAAUAAAUAAACAAAGAAGUAAAGAAUAAUAAACUUAACUCAAAAAAUGUAGCUUGAAAACUCAUUUUGGGACAACUAAACUGUACCUGUUGAAAAGCAUUACAUAAUUUAGUAUCAAAACAAACCCAUCUGCAAAUGGCAAAUUUUUCUGAUAGGUUGACAACUUUUGAACUUUCGUUGGGUUUCAAAUUUUGUAAUAGGACUAGUGUAUUUAAUUAAUUCUUCAAUAUUACUAGUUUAUUUCAGGAAAAAAUCACUAUAUCCUUUCUUCUCAAGUAACUUUCUGAUUGGUUAUCUCUUUUUAAGUGGCCUAGUUUGAGUAUAUUCACACUGUAAUUUUCGACAAGAGGUCAUCAUUUGUAUUUCCUUUUCAUGUAAGGUUUUUGACAGUGUUGGUUUUUUCCUUGGUGUGGUAUAAUUAAGUGAUGAAUAUUUUGUGUAUUAGUAUUAGUAAUAAUUGAAUACUUCCAGGCACUUUUCGGUGCAUGAGAUAAUGACCCUGUACAUUAUGUGGCUGGCUCACAGGAAUGUCCACUAAAAAUAAAAUUAGACAUUAUUUUCUUGAAGUUUUUAAACAUCUAAUUAUUGUUGAAUACCAUGACAAUGAACAGACAUUUGUAACUUUGUGAUCAUUUUUUAAGUUUAUAAACUAGUUCAGAGUACCACUGGGGCAAGCCUGCAAAUAAUUUUUGUCUAUAGGCAGGUCAUUUGUCAGGACAAAGACAAGUUUUGACCUGACAAAAAGC